AUGGAGUUCGCCGAGUUAAUCAAGACGCCGCGGGUGGACGGAGUGGUCCUUCACCGGCCCUUUAUGCCCAAAGUUGAGGGAACCCUGUGCCUUACCGGCCACCAUCUAAUCCUCUCCUCCAGACAGGACAACACGGAGGAAUUGUGGCUGCUUCACUCCAACAUUGACUCCAUAGAGAAGAGGUUUGUGGGCUCUAUCGGCAGAAUUAUAGUGAAAUGCAAAGACCUGAGAGUGAUUCAACUGGACAUUCCUGGAAUGGAGGAGUGUAUCAACAUUGCUAGCUCGACUGAGGCACUCUCGACACUUGAUUCCGUCUCCCUAAUGUACCCUUUCUUCUACCGACCCAUGUUCGAGGUCGUCCAUGACGGUUGGAAUUGCUUCCGUCCUCAAGAUGCCUUCAAAGACCUUGAGUCCAUGACAGACGAAUGGCGAUUGAGCGAAGUCAACAAGGACUUCAGUGUGUGUCCAUCCUACCCUCCGCUAGUCGCGGUACCGAAGGCUAUCAACGACGAUGCGCUAAAGGCGGCGGCGACGUUUCGUCACGGCGGCCGCUUUCCCGUGCUGAGUUACUACCAUAAGAAGAACGGCAUGGUGAUGAUGCGAGCAUCUCAGCCUCUCACCGGCACCAACGGGCGGCGCUGCAAGGAAGACGAGAAGCUCAUCAACGCCACCUUGAGGCCGGGCAAACGCGGCUACGUUAUCGACACGCGUGCUAUUAGCGUAGCCCAGCAGGCUAAAGCUAAAGGAGGAGGUUUUGAGUCUGAGGCUAACUAUCCGCAGUGGAGGAGGAUCCACAAAGCCAUUGAAAGGUUCGGCGUGCUGCAGGAGAGUCUGAUUAAACUGGUGGAAGCUUGUAACGAUCAGUCGCACAAUAUGGACCGCUGGCUUAGCAAGCUAGAGGCGUCCAAUUGGCUAGCUCACGUCAAGGAAAUCCUGACGACUGCCUGCCUGGCUGCGCAGUGCAUCGACAGGGAAGGCGCAUCGGUCCUCGUCCAUGGAACGGAAGGCACCGACUCCACCCUCCAAAUCACCUCCUUGGCGCAAAUUAUCUUGGAUCCAGGCUGCAGGACCAUCCGAGGCUUCCAGGGCCUGGUGGAGAGAGAGUGGCUACAGGCGGGUCACCCGUUCCAGCAGCGUUGCGCCCAGUCGGCCUACUCGAGCGGUAAACCCCGCCAGGAAGCUCCAGUCUUCUUGCUCUUCCUGGACUGCGUGUGGCAGAUCAUCCGGCAGUUUCCGUGUUCGUUCGAGUUUGGCGAGUCCUUCCUGGUGCUGCUUUUUGAGCAUGUCUACGCUUCCCAGUUCGGCACGUUUUUGGGAAACAGUGCCGCCGACAGGGCUAAACUUUCCGUUUCUGAGAAGACUGUCUCCUUGUGGUCGUGGGUGAAUCGUCCCCAGGAACUGGAGCGUCUGACCAACCCGCUUUACGAGGCUAACGGACUGGUCAUUUGGCCCUCGGUGGCCCCUCAGAGCCUGUUGCUGUGGGAGGGCGUGUUCCUCCGCUGGAACCGCUCGUCCAAGUGCUUGGACGAGGCCUACGAAGAAAUGGUGCACAUAAUUGAGUAUAACAAGGAGCUUCAAAACCGAGUCAACCUCCUGCGCCGGCAGCUCGCCCAGCUGGAGACUCAAGACCCGCUCCUGCAAACGCCAUAA